ACAUAGAAACCAUCAGUCAUUUAAUGCCUUUCGGUCUAAACGCAUACAUGUUAAUGUAGAUGCUGGUGUAUUUAUAUAUAUAUAUAUGUGUGUAUUCAACAUUCAAAGAAUAACUAUGAUAUUACUUUUAAUAUAUAAAUACGUAGUGUAGGUCAACUACAAAACCAUUAAUCCUGUCCAAGUAGAUUUUUUUUGGUUUAUUAGACCCAAAAGGCUUUUUAAAUUAAAAAUGUAUGUAUAAAUACAGCUAACAAAAAAAUGAUGCUUUAAAAUAACAAAACGUUUUAGAUUUGAAAAAUAUCUUGGUCAACAAUAUUUUUUAAUGGAAAAUAAAUAUCGAGAAUCGAUGGAAAGAAAAGGGAUUCAUUCAUUUUCAAUAUCGCAAAAUGGCGAUGUUAUUUUAAAAAAGAGGAUUGGCAAAAGACUUGUUGUCAUAGGCUUUACAACUGCAGCAGUUUUUGUCUUAUUUAUGUUUGCCAUUUGCAUAUAUUAUAACCGUUUGACUAAUUAUCCUACAGUAUGUACAACCAAAUCUUGUAUAAAAUCAUCUAUGAAUAUACUUGAUAGUAUGGAUGAUAAUACAGAUCCAUGUGAAGAUUUUUAUCAAUUCACUUGUGGUAAUUUUGAAGAAAAUUAUCUUUCUUUCGUUACAUCUCAAGAAAACAGUUGGGAUACAAUAAUAACUCAAAAAACGUUGGCCAUUAUCAAGAGAUUUCUCGAAAAGGAAAACGAUGAUAGCGAACCAGAAUCUAUUUAUAAAACUAGAAUGUUUUAUAAAUCUUGCUUGAAAGCAUACGUAGAAAGGGACAAUGUAAAUAAAACAAUAGAUGCGAUAGCAACUGUAUGGAAAGAUAUAGGAUUUGACACAAAUUAUUUGGCAGAUUCUGUUCCUAUAAACGCAGAAAAUUAUUUAGCAAAAAUAAAAAAUAAUUUGGACGUGGAUGUAUUUUUUGGUCUUAAUGUAUACGAUGACCCUAGAAAUUCUUCAAAAACUCUUCUUAUUGUUCAUCAACCAAAUGUGAUUCCCGAUUCCAAGAAUAGAUUCAAUGUCGUGACAGGUGAUAAUGUAUCAGAAGAUGUAUUGCGAUUUACAAAUGUGUACGAAUCGCUGGUUGAUGUGUUGCUAAAUCAAACUCAGAAAAUUUCUGUUCCAAAAGUUCAUGAUUUGUUGAAUACAUCACAAGAAUUCAGAAAUUUCACGAAAAACCUUACUAUCAUUCAAGAAUAUCAAUAUCCAAAUAAAUCAUCUAUUCCUGAAUUAUUUACCAUUGAAAAACUUCAAAACUUCACUGAUAGACAUGGGAAAAAUUUUAAGUUUAACUGGACAACAUUUUUAAGCGAAAUAUUUAUGGAUACAGAACCUGAAGUAUAUAAAAUAGUAACUUCUGCUGACUUAAAAAUUUUAGUUUAUAAUGCAGAUUACAUAGCUGAUGUAUUUUCAAUUUUAUCCAACACUUCAAAAGUUUUAAUUAAAAUGUCACUUUUACAGAAUGGAUUGAAAGUUAUGAAUAAUAUUUUACCAAAUGAACUACAAAAUGAGAAGUAUUGUAUACUAAAUACAAAAGAAUUCUUUAGUAUGGUAACUGGAUAUGCAUUAAAAUAUACAUUAAACGACGAUAAUAAAAUUGCAGUUAACACUAUGAUUGACAAUAUUAUAAUGUCAUUCCGUGACAUGAUAAUGAAUAGCAAAUGGAUGGAUGAAGAAUCGAAGAUCGCUACUUUGGAAAAACUGGUAAGAGUUAGGAGUUUUGUUGGAUACCCAGACAAUUAUGAGAACAUGCUUGAUAAAUUAUACGGAGAAUUAAAUGUAACAGAUGAUCAUACAAAAAAUAUUUUGAAUAUAAUUAAACAAAGAGUUAAAUUGCUAUGGACGAAAUUAGUGCAAUCGACGGAUGUUGAUGAAUUGGAGUGGGAGGUAUCACCAGAUGAAGUAAAUGCAUAUAAUCUUAACUCUAGAGUUGCAUUUUUUUUAUCCGCUGCAAUUUUGCAAAAUCCCAUGUAUUUUAACGGUGUGCAGUCAUUGAAUUAUGGUGCUACGGGAAGUACAAUAGGACACGAAUUGAGCCAUAAUUUUGACAAUACAGGUAUACUUUACAAUGAGUUGGGAAAUGUGAUUCAAUGGUGGACCAAUAAAACUAUUUUAGAGUACGGAAAAAAAAUUCAAUGUAUGGUCGAUUAUUUUGAUGGUAUUAAAAUAAAAAUAAAGAAUGAAACGUUUGAAUUAGAUGGUGUCCUAACACUGGAUGAAAAUAUAGCUGAUAUUCUGGGAUUAAAGCAGGCAUACUUUGCUUAUCAGCGAUACGUAAAAGCGGAAGGAAAGGAACCUAGACUACCUGGACUAGAAAAAUACACUAAUGAACAACUAUUUUUCAUAGGCUAUGCCAGUCAAUAUUGUCACUAUAAUUAUAAGAAUCCCGAAGAUAUGAUGACAAACGAGCAUAGCCCUAAUACAGUCAGAGUUCGAAAUAUUUUAUCUUUAAUGCCAGACUUUGCAAAGGUUUGGUCUUGUCCAGUUGGUUCUAAAAUGAAUCCUGAAAUAGAGAAAUGUCAGCUAUGGUAAUUUCUCAAAUAAAAAAGUAUACACAUAAAAAUACUUUGAUUUUUAUGUAAAUGCCUUAUAAUUAUUAUUUCUAAGCAUUUUGGAAAUUAUUGUUAUAAUAUAAUGACUUAUCUACAGUUGAAAUUUAAGAACAUUAUUUUAAAAUUAAAAUUGUUAUUAUUAAAAAAAAAAUGUGUUUUAUGUUAUAAUUUUAUUUUAUUAAAUUUAAAUGUAAGUUGUAAAUACAUAUUUAUUUAAAAAUAAAAAAAUUACAUAUUUUUUCUAUAAA